ACGAGCGGAAGUCAGCUCUUUCGUCCGGCCGUCACGUGCGGGAAAGCCCAACGCUGAACCUUCACCAACCUUAUUGUUUGACUCUAGUUUAGAAUACAUUGUUCAACUUUUCAUCCGGCCUAAUCAUUGAAGAGUCACCUCGACCAGAAGAACGCGAAACCAGGGCCGCAACUUUUCUUUAACACCGGAUAAACUCGUCUUCGUGGUGCACGUUGACGCUUCUCGGCCUAGUUAGCUUAGCUUCGCUCGCUAGCCGCUAACAAACAGCCGCGUUUGUCGCAAAUUAGAGAUCGCCUGUGAAAGUGUUGUGAUUGGCGUGUGAAAAAAAUGUGUGCAAGAACGACAGCAAAGUACGAGAAGGAACUUUCUGGAAUGAAAGAGGAGGAUGAGCCACAACGUCAACUUGUGGACGCUGUUCGCAUGCAGCCUCGUGUUGUGUUACACAGAGCAGAUGUCGCUGAAGAGCUUCGUCCUGAACGGCAGGAACCAGAGCCCCCUCACAUUAAAGAGGAAGUGGAGGACGAAGAGGUCCACCACAUCAAACAGGAAGAGGAGGUUGUCACCAAGUUUCCAUUGACUUGUGUCCCUUUGAAGAGUGAAGAUGGUCUAAGUGAGGAGAGCAGAGGGGUGGAGCUUCCAAGCAGUAGCUCAAGUCAACACAUGACAACAGAAGGUGAUGGCGACCACUGUGGAGGACCACAAGCAGACAGCCUCUUAACGCCACUAUCAGAUUGUGACGACGUGACGUCACACUCUCCUCACACUGAUGAUGAACAGUCGGAAGACAUCACUGAAGAACUUCGUCCUGAACAGCAGGAGCCAAAGCCCCCUCACAUUAAAGAGGAAGUGGAGGACGAAGAGGUCCACCACAUCAAACAGGAAGAGGAGGAGGAGGUUGUCACCAAGUUUCCAUUGACUUGUGUCCCUUUGAAGAGCGAAGAUGAAGGUCAAAGUGAGGAGAGCAGAGGGGUGGAGCUUCCAAGCAGCAGCUCAAGUCAACACAUGACAACAGAAGAUGAUGGCGACCACUGUGGAGGACCACAAGCAGCCAGCCUCCUAACGCCACUAUCAGAAUGUGACGACGUGACGUCACACUCUCCUCACACUGAUGAUGAUGAUGAACAGUCGGAAGGUGGUAUGACAUGUCACACUGAGGAAAAACAAUGGAAAUGUUCCCAGUGUAUGAAACCAUUUGCUAAUCAGAGCAAUUUGAAACAACACACAAGAACGCACACUGGUGAGAAACCUUUUCCUUGCACAGUAUGUGGUCAAAGAUUCACUCAGAAAGAACACUUAAAAAUCCACACAAGAACACACACUGGUGAGAAGCCUUUUUCCUGCACAGUUUGUGGUAAAAAAUUCUCUGACAAGGGAAGUUUAAUAAAACACACAAGAACACACACUGGUGAGAAACCAUUUUCCUGCUCAGUUUGUGGUCUAAGAUUCGCUGUGAAGGGAAGCUUUAAAAGGCACACAAGAACACACACUAAUGAGAAACCCUUUUCCUGCUCAAUUUGUGGUCAAAGAUUCUCUGUGACAGGAAGCUUACAAAGACACACAAGAACGCACACCGGUGAGAAACCUUUUAGCUGCUCAGUUUGUGGUCGAAGAUUCUCUGAAAAGGGAAACUUAAAAAGACACACAAGAAAACACAGUGGUGAGAAACCUUUUUCCUGCUCAGUUUGUGGUCAAAGAUUCUCAUACAAGUAUCAGGCUAAGACACACAAGUGUGCUGGUGAGAAUAGCAGUGAUCAAGAAGCUUUUAAUGAAAAUGUAAAUGUUUCAUCUAAAAAGUAAUUACUGUGUUACUAACUUAGAAAAAUCUACAUUCUUGUAUUCUGUGUACCAGCUUUUAUUGUAUCUAUCCUCUUCUUGUGCAUAUAUAUUUUUUAACGCCCUGCGCGUGUUAAUAAUUAACAAUUAUGGGCAAGAUCACUCACCGCACCCAAACACUCACAUUGACAUUCCCUGAUUCUCACUCGGAACGUAUUAGUUUUCAUGUUUUUGACGCCAUGAAUCAUGACGUUAUCUUAGGGAACCCAUGGUUGAAAUUACAUAACCCCCACAUUGACUGGUCCUCUGGGCAGGUUAUGUCAUGGGGCAGCAAUUGCGCCCGGAACUGUUUCAAGCCGCCACGUGAUGUUCAGGGUCAUGUUUCUAAGGACACUCCACAGACCCCAUCUGGGGAUCCUGAUUUAUCUCAAGUGCCCACCUGUUAUCAGGAUAUUAAAGAUGUUUUUUCCAAGUCCAAGGCCAAAUCCCUUCCACCCCACAGACCUUAUGACUGUGCUGUUGACUUGCUGUCUGGAACCACACCCCCACGAGGGAGGUUGUUCUCUCUUUCAGGGCCGGAACACAAAGCCAUGAAGGAGUACGUAGAAGAAUCACUGGCAGCCGGGCUCAUUCGCCCAUCUUCAUCCCCUGCGGGAGCAGGAUUUUUCUUCGUGGACAAGAAAGACAAGACCCUGUAUCGAUUACCGGGGUCUCAACGAGAUCACGGUAAAAAACAGGUACCUACUUCCUCUCAUCUCCACCGCCUUUGAGUUCCUGGAGGGAGCCCAGAUUUUCACCAAACUGGACUUAAGAAAUGCAUAUCAUCUAGUCAGGAUAAGGGAGGGGGAUGAAAGGAAAACAGCAUUCAACACACCAACGGGACAUUAUGAAUAUUUGGUAAUGCCUUUUGGGCUUACUAACGCUCCAGCUGUUUUCCAGAACCUUGUCAAUGAUGUCCUGCGUGACAUGUUGAAUGUUUAUGUUUUUGUUUAUCUAGAUGACAUUUUGAUAUUCUCCCCGGAUGAGGAGACUCAAAUUAUUCAUGUCCGCUCUGUUUUGCAGCAGUUACUGCAGAAUCAACUCUAUGUCAAGGCUGAGAAAUGUGAGUUCCACAAGGCGUCCGUUUCUUUUCUGGGUUUCGUCCUGGCUCAAGGUGAAGUCAAGAUGGACCCUUGCAAAGUCGAUGCAGUUAUUAAUUGGCCUACUCCCACGUCACGCAAAGAUGUACAAAGGUUCUUAGGGUUCGCAAACUUCUACAGAAAAUUCAUUAGAAAUUUCAGUUCAAUAGCCUCUCCUUUGCAUGAUCUUACCUCGCCACACCAACCUUUUGUAUGGAACCCGCUUUGUCAGGCAGCUUUUCAAAAACUUAAGUCGACCUUUACCUCCGCUCCCAUCCUUACUUUGCCAGAUCUCAAACAGCAGUUUGUGGUGGAAGUCGAUGCGUCUGAUGCCGGAAUAGGAGCAGUGCUCUCCCAGAAAUCUCUCAAGGAUGAUAAGUUACAUCCUUGUGCUUUCCUCUCCAAAAAAUUGACCCCAGCUGAGAGAAAUUAUGACAUUGGUGACCGUGAACUGUCGGCAGUCAAGGUGGCUUUGAUGGAGUGGAGGCACUGGCUAGAGGGGGCACAGACUCAGACACAGAUCACAAGAACCUUGAAUAUAUCAAGACUGCUAAAAGAUUAAAUGCGAGGCAGGCAAGAUGGGCUCUGUUCUUCACUAGAUUUAAUUUUACGUUAUCCUACCGACCGGGUUCUAAAAAUGGUAAGCCAGAUGCUUUGUCACGCAUUUUCUCCGAAGAGAAUUCUUUGUCCGACCCUAAGACUAUCUUGCCUAAAUCAUGUUUCCUUUCCGCGUUUGUGUGGGACAUUGAAAAUGCGGUCAAAGGGGCUCUGAAAGACACUCCUAGCCCUGAAGAUUGCCCUGAGAACAGGCUUUAUGUGGUUCCGACCUUAAGGGGAAGAGUCAUCCACUGGGCUCACACGAACCGAACUGUAUGUCACCCAGGCAUUGCCAAGACGCAAUCAGUGGUCGAACAGCGCUUUUGGUGGCCUAAUGUUAGGAGGGAUGUUAUCGAUUACGUCAAUGCUUGCCAGGUAUGUGCUGCUAACAAGCCCUCUCAUCAACGUCCUUCUGGGGAGUUGCGACCCCUGCCAAUACCACAACGUCCUUGGUCAGACAUUUCCGUAGACUUUGUGACAGGAUUACCGGCCUCUAAAGGCAAUACCACCAUUCUUACAGUUGUUGACAGGUUCUCUAAGAUGGCACACUUCAUUGCACUUCCAAAACUCCCCUCAGCUAAGGACACUGCUGAGCUAAUGAUUAAUCAGGUUUUUAAGUUCCAUGGUUUCCCAAAGAAUGUGGUGUCUGAUAGGGGUCCCUAAUUCAUUUCGCAAUUUUGGAAGGAGUUCUGCAAUCUCAUAGGUGCUACCGUCAGUCUGUCAUCUGGGUUUCAUCCUGAAACCAACGGUCAAACCGAGAGGCUGAACCAGGACCUGGAGACGGGGCUCCGAUGUCUCGCUUCACAGGAGCCGCGAUCCUGGUCUCAGAAACUGGUUUGGGUCGAAUUCUCCCACAAUUCCCUCCCCUCUGCAUCCACUGGUCUAUCGCCUUUUCACGUUGUGCAUGGUUACCAACCAUCUCUGUUUCCUGCCAUAGCCCCAGAAUCCACAGUUCCAGCGGCAUUAACCUUGGUGAGAUGCUGCAGGAGGACCUGGGAGCAAGCCUGCCAGAUGCUGCUGCGCCAGGGAAGGUCCUACAAGGUCGCUGCUGACCGUCGGAGGACACCGGCCCCGAACUACAAAGUGGGUCAGCGAGUUUGGCUCUCGACCAAGCAUAUUCCACUCCGGGUGGAGUCCAAGAAGCUCGCUCCCAGGUUCGUAGGGCCCUUCCCCAUCACAAAAAUCAUCAACCCUGUCACCGUGAAGCUGAGGCUCCCAAGGUCGAUGCGGGUCCACCCUGCUUUUCACGUCAGCCUACUCAAGCCACCCCGGGAGUCUCCUCUGGUCCCGCCUUCCAGGCCCCCUCCUCUCCCCCGGUUUGUGGAUGGGGGCCCUGUCUUCUCUGUGAAGCGGCUGUUGUCGUCUCGUCGGAGGGGGAGGGGGUUUCAAUAUCUGGUGGACUGGGAGGGCUAUGGGCCUGAGGAACGUUCAUGGGUACCGUCUGCGUUUAUCAUGGAUAAUUCGCUCAUUCGGGACUUCCACGUUGCGCAUCCAGGGGCCCCAGGGCCGUCUGGGGUCGGCCGUUAAGGGGGGGGGGUACUGUCGUGUGUGUGUGUUCCGGGUUUUGUCGCCCCCUCCCUUUUUCACACACACCUGCUCCUGUGAGCAUCUUCACCACCUGUGCCUCGUUCACCCUAAUUACUUAUUGUAUUUAACCUCGUGUCUCAUUCCCUCUCGUUGCCAGUUCGUUGUCGCGUUCCAGCAUUCCUUGUUUCCACGUCAUAGACGUUAGGAGGGAUGCAAGGCUUGACCCUGUUCCGAUUAUCGACCUUGCCUCUUUGCCUCAUGUUUUUUGGAUACUGUUGCCUCUCUUGGAUUGCCUGCCUGUGUACCGACCUAUGCCCGUCUAUUAAACCUCUCUUUUUGGAAACUGUC